AUGAUGCCGAAAUUAUGCAGGAGCAACAGCGAAAGUGUAACUUUUGAUGAAGCUAUUUCUUUAACAGGUUAUGGUAGAUUCCACUACGAAGCCAUAGCGGUCUGCAGUCUAUCCAUAAUAAUUGUCGGCUUCCAAAACGGCAUUUCUUCUUACAUUUUCCCACCCGCUCAGUGCGAACUUAAUUUGACGUCUUUAGAGCUGGGGUUUCUCAACGUCUGCUUUCUGAUUGGAGGAACCGUCAGCUGUUUCCUUUGGGGCCUUAUCGCCGACAAUCACGGCAGAAAAAAAGUGUUGAUAUUUGCUCAUCUAUGCAACGUCAUCGUGACCAUGGUUUCUGCUGUUAAUCCGUAUACUGCAACUCUGGUGUCAUGCAGAUUUAUCAAUGGUUUUCUCAUGGGAGCACCAGGUAGUUUGAUGUACACAUAUAUUGCAGAAUUUCAACCAUCUACACACCGUUUCAGAACCGUCUGUAUUUUAGGAUUAUUCUUCAUAGCAUCUUGGUUAUUCCUCCCAGUGUUAGCAUAUCUAAUUCUACCAGUAAAAAUUUACUACAAUUUUAAAAAUAUAUUUAUAAUAUCCCCAUGGAGAGUUUUUCUUCUUAUUAUUGCUAUUCCUGAAAUACUAGUAUGUCUUUGGUUGACAAGAUUACCAGAAAGUCCCAAAUUUUAUAUAGCCAAAGGAAAUCACAAAAAAACACUGAAAAUUUUAAAGAGAAUCUAUUCUGCGAACUCGGGAAAGAGCCCGGAAUUAUUUCCUGUUAAAACCAUCAUCUGCGAAGUUUACAAUAAUCUUCAAAACAGUGAAGUCAUGGUCAGCGGAAAGACUGCAAGAGUUCUGAAGGAAGUGACGAAUCAAAUUAGAAAGCUAUUCCAGAAACCUUUCAUUACAAAGACCUUUGUGAUCAGUGCAAUCAUGUUUAGUAAUAUGUUUGGAUUGUUCGGCCUAGGACUAUGGCUACCAGAACUUUUUAUAAAAUUUGAGAAGUACCAUCUCUUGCAUCCAAACUCUACAGUAACUAUUGAAGAGCUCUCAUCCUUACCUCAAGAUAGCGAAAAAUCUUGCCAACCAUCUUUUGACCAAUCAGUGAUAAUAAGCACGGUAGCAACUGGAUCAACAGCGCUAAUUUUCAACGGAAUCUCUUGUUUAAUAAGUACUAGAGUGUCUUCACGGAAUAUUACUCUGAUGUUGACGUUCUUGGGAGGAAUCUGUGCAGCGUGUAUCUAUUGGUUGACAACCUCGCUUCAGAAUCUCAUAGUUUCGUGUAUUUUUCAAGCUACAAUGCUGACUGCCAAUAUGAGUAUCACCAGCAUAGCAGUUGAACUUUUUCCCACCAGUAUUGGCGGAAUGGCAGUUUGUUUUGUGAUAUGUGCUGGAAGGAUAGGAGCUGCCAUCAGUAACGUAGUGUUUGCCUUUUUAAUGGACGAUUAUUGUCAGUUGGCGAUUUUUGCUGUCGCUUUUGUUCAGAUAAUAGGAGGAAUACUAUGUUUUUUGGUACCCUCUCAGAAAAAAUGUCAUACUAAAGCAGUUAAAAGUUGUGAAGAAACCAAGUUAAAUAAUUUGGAAUUAGCUGCUAUAAAUAACCAAUCAAUUUACCCAAAUUAA